AGUUUUUCUUUAGCCAACAAUCGGUGCGGUUCUAAAAAUCGGAAACGAGAUUUUUUGAGAAGGUUUUGUUUUGAAAACCAAUUUCGGGUCUAAAAACAAAACUUCCUUCCCUGGCACCUCUUUUAUUUUUGGAUUAUGAAACGGUUCAAAUUAAAAUUGAAUUUCAAAUUUCCGAGUGAAUUUGAAAAACGUUAAAACACCCAAAGUAGCAAGGAUUACAACAGAAAAAAAAAAAAUAAGACGACAACAAGGACGAAGGACGACGACAACAACAACAGAUUAUGGCUACAGGCUUUGAUUUAAUUUUAUCAGCCAUCCUCUGUUUCGGAUGCAAUACUACGGCCGAAGGCCAGACAACGGCUGUUGUCAUACCCGUUGAUGGUACUUCGGUUGCAGCUGUCUCACCUGACCUAAAUAAUGAUGUCAGUUUUGCGAUUUAUCGAACCAAACGGGAUCACAUGGAGAAAAUGAGAGAAUAUGUAAAUGGCAAUCAUUUUCGCAUUGCUACGGUUGAGGAUUAUCCAUUGAGUUAUACGCAAAAGAAGGCAGAUGGCACUCUUGCCGGUCUAGGAGUUUCAUUUGAGUUAAUUGACUUUUUGGCCAAAAAAUUUAAUUUUACAUAUGAGGUGGUGGUGCCGCAGGGCAAUAUUAUUGGCUCAACAGAGGAUUAUGAUAAUAGUUUGGUUGAAGUGCUCAAUGAUCAGAAAGCCGAUUUAGCAGCAGCAUUUUUACCCCUCCUAGCUGACGCCCGAAACUUUAUUUCCUAUUCGACCACAAUUCUAGAUGAAGGAGAAUGGAUAAUGAUAAUGCAACGUCCCAAUGAAUCAGCCACUGGUUCAGGUCUAUUGGCUCCAUUCGAAUUCUGGGUAUGGAUUCUAAUAUUCAUUUCCUUGCUGGCUGUUGGACCAAUCAUCUACGUCCUCAUCAUAAUACGAAAUAAAAUAACUGGUGACGACUCUCAACAACCAUAUUCUCUAGGACAUUGUGCUUGGUUUGUGUAUGGGGCACUCAUGAAACAGGGUAGCACCCUUUCCCCAAUAGCAGAUUCGACGCGUUUACUCUUCGCAACAUGGUGGAUUUUUAUCACCAUUCUAACAUCAUUUUAUACCGCAAAUUUAACUGCUUUCCUCACGCUAUCCAAGUUCACGUUGCCCUUCAAUACGGUCAGUGAUAUUCUGGCUAAGCAAAAGCACUUUGUUACUCCACGAGGUGGUGGAAUUGAGUAUUCUAUAAAAAAUACAAAUGAGAGCCUUUCAAUUCUAAGCAACAUGGUCUUAAAUAACCGAGCAACAUUCACUGAAAACGAAAACGACACCAUUACACUAACAACCUUUGUUGAAAAAUAUGGUUACGUCUUUGUUCGAGAUCGUCCAGCAAUUCAUCAUCUCCUCUAUCUAGACUAUCGUUAUCGCAAGUCAAUUAGUUUUGAUAAUGAAAAAAUUCACUGUCCAUUUGCCAUGGCUAAGGAACCAUUUUUGAAGAAGAAACGAGCUUUUGCCUACCCAUUUAUGUCCAAUUUGAGUACACUCUUUGACCCAGAACUUCUUAACUUGGUUGAAUCAGGAAUAAUCAAACAUCUUUUGGCCAAGGGUUUACCAAAUGCCGAAAUCUGCCCCCAGGACUUGGGCGGUACUGAACGUCAAUUACAAAAUGGAGAUCUCAUGAUGACCUAUUACAUUAUGAUUGCUGGAUUUGUUACAUCAAUUGUGGUCUUUACCACAGAAAUGCUAUUCAGAUUUAUAAACCAGCGACAGGCUAACAAAAAUAUGAUUAUUGGCUCGAAUGGUCUACAACGUUCGUCUAAUAUGCGUUUGCAUGGAUGGGCUGCUGGUAGAAGUAACAGAGAAAGUAUGGGCAAUCGUUUGAAUGAGGGAAUUAUAUUGAGCAAUGUUACACCACCGCCAGCAUAUGCUAGCAUUUUCAAGCACAACAAGAACGCAGUGGUCGAUAUGAAUAAAUGGAAACAGGCGGUUUCGAGGAAUCAGGAUGAGUAUAAUGAGUCAAAGGGUGGUGUUAGGAGGCUAAUAAAUGGUCGUGAUUAUAUGGUUUAUAAGAAUACAAAUGGUAUCAAUCAAUUGGUACCUGUUCGAGCACCGUCAGCGACUCUUUUUCAAUAUUCGUACACAGAGUAGAUUUAACAUU